CCUCCCCGCCUGCCCGUCCUCGCCGCCCGGCUGCUCGGGUCUCGUCGGCCCCCUCCUCCUCCGCCCCGCCGUCCUGACUCUUUCUCCCUCCUGUCCUCAGAGGAUGUCCUCCUUCCAGAUCAACCUCAACCCGCUCAAGGAGCCGCUCGGCUUCAUCAAGAUCCUCGAGUGGAUUGCCUCCAUCUUUACUUUUGCCACCUGUGGAGGUUUUAAGGGCAAAACAGAGGUUCUAGUGAAUUGUCCUCCAGUUACUGAGAAUAAAACUAUUACAGCUAGUUUUGGUUAUCCAUUCAGGUUGAAUCAGGCGUCAUUUCAGGCACCUCCAAAUGUAAAUGUGUGUGGCGUAAGUUGGGAUAGUUAUGUUCUCGUAGGAGAUUACUCUUCUUCGGCACAGUUCUAUGUCACCUUUGCAGUCUUUGUGUUCUUGUACUGCAUUGCUGCCCUUCUGCUGUAUGUUGGUUACACGAACCUGUAUCGGGAUAGUCGCAAACUUCCCAUGGUUGACUUUGUUAUCACUCUUGUUGCCACCUUUUUGUGGUUGGUGAGCACUUCAGCCUGGGCUAAAGCUCUUACGGAUAUUAAAGUAUCCACUGGGCACAGUAUUGUUCAGGAACUUCUGCCUUGUCAACAGAAGGACGUGCAUUGUUACUUUGGUUCUGUGACUAGUAUGGGGUCCCUAAAUGUAUCUGUGAUCUUUGGCUUUCUGAACAUGAUACUUUGGGGAGGAAAUGCGUGGUUUGUAUACAAGGAGACCAGUUUGCACAGUCCAUCAAAUACUUCUACUGCCCACGGCCAAGGAGGUGUUCCACCUCCUGCUGGAAUAUAAUUAAAGGGAGAAAAGCACUGUAGGAAAUGUGUGUCUUGCUAUGACUUGUUGCCAACAUCUUGAGAAGCAUUAUUGGUUUCUAAUAAAAGUAAUGGCUUUUUCAGUAAAUUGGUGGGUUUUAAAUUUUGCUGCUUUUUUACAUAAAGCCUGUGCCUUUCUUAGAAAUGUAAGAUGUAAAUGUAUUCUCACAUGUAAAUUUUAAAGUUCAGGGGCCUAUUAUGAGAUGAUACACAUUUUUGAAUGAGCAGUAAGUUGUUUGCUUUCUAAAGUGUUUACACCUUAAGCCUUAACGUGUAUCUUCAUUCAUAAAAUUGUAUUAUAUCAUAAUAGGAAUAAAAUUAUUCUGGAUAUACACUACUGUAAGUUUGUACAGAUCACAUGCCUGAGACCUGUCUUUGUUUAAGAAAACCUAGAUUAUAUAAGUUGUAUUUAGAAAAAACAUAUUUAGUUCAAAAUUUCUGUCUGAGCAUUGUUCAUGUUAUGAAAAUGUAAUGGCAAAAACUGGGUAUAUGCUCUAAUUCUGUUUUUUCUAAAUGACCUGCUGUACUUAAUAUGUGUACUAAAAUUGUGUUGGGAGCAGGGAUUUGGAAAUUUCUAACAGAUGUGUAGUUUAUUUAGUAAUUCUGUUACAUGAGGUAUAAGCUUACAUUACUCUAGUGGUUUAAUAAGAAUUCAGAGAUAGUACGUGUUUUCCAUGAACUUCUUUGAAGUUCCCUCGGGUUUCAGUAGAAAGAACAUGGUUCACCUAGAUAUCUUCGUAUGUGUGGGCAUUACUCUUGGUAAUGUUUUUUCUCCUAUGUUGCUCUUGCUGUGUAAGCAUAGGUUGAGACCUAGUCUCCUUGUGAGUAGAGAAUAGGAGACUUUUUUUUUUUUUUUUUUUUUUUGCAGACCCUUUUCAGAGGGUCACAAAAAUUAGGAUUACCUUUUACUUUUGAAACAUUUAACAUUUAGAGUCAAUGAAGUUGCUGUCUUGAGUUUAGCAUUGAUAUUGUGAAAAUAAAUGUGAUUCCGAUUUCAUGUUUCUUAAUGUUCUUCUUUCACAAUUGGAUAAUUAAGGAAUUAUGCAUCAUAAAAGAACCUGAGCUUUAUUGUGGGUAUACUCUCUUUGCACACACAUUUGGGUAUAUUCUAAAUAUGGGGCUUACUCACAUUUUGCUUCCUAAUCUUAUUGUACAGGGAUCCAGAUUGCCUAUUCCUAAAAUAUGAUUGUUUAUAUGUGAAGCACAUCUUACUAUUGCCUUGUUUUUGUUGCUUUUAUUCGUGACAGGAAAUGUUUUGAGGAAUGUAUAUCUUUUAUGCAACCAACUUAAUAAAGAAAUUGAAAGAAA